AAUGUUCGUGGAUGACCGCCAUCACUAUCAUCCUCGCUGCCUUCUCAAUUUGCUCCGCUCGCUGUAUAUAUAAUGCACCUUCGCCUCAUUUUUUCUUCAUCCACGCUUCCUUCUUUCUCCUGAUCUUCAACACAAAUACCCAUCGCAGUCUCCUUAGUUUCAAAUUUCAAUAUCCCCCUUCCCCUUUCUGACUCUAUCUAUCUACGAACUGAAAAUUGCAGAAAUGGCGGCACUUUCUAACAUUGACUCUACCUUCGAAGUUGACAAGCUCACCUACGAAAUCUUCUCCAUAUUGGAAAACAAGUUCCUCUUCGGCUACAACGAACCCAAGAAUUCCAAGAGUGUCGUCGCCAAUUCCGCUCAGAUUUCUCCAGAAGACGCCAAAACGGCCAAACACAACACUGGUAAGGUCAGAAUUCUCUGCAUUGACGGGACCGGCGCCACCGACGGCAUCCUUGCUGCUAAGUCUUUGGUUCACCUUGAAGCCUGCCUCCGUCGCAAAUCCGGGAACCCUAAUGCCCACAUCGCUGCUUAUUUCGACGUAGUCGCGGGGUCUGGCAUUGGAGGCGUUCUCGCGGCUUUGUUGUUCACUCGCGGAAGAGACGGCUUUCCGAUGUUCUCCGCCGAGGAGGCGCUGAAGUUCCUCAUCGAUAACCGGCGCAAGAUUUUCCGGUCUAAGCCGGGGAUUUUCCGGCGAGCAGUUCGCGCGUCGUCUUCGGGGUCGAAAGUCGAGAAGCUGUUCCGCAAGACUUUCGGUGACAGCACGUUGAAGGACACGUUGAAGCCGGUUCUGAUCCCCUGUUACGACCUCAUCACUCGCGCGCCGUUCCUAUUUUCCCGCGCCGACGCUCUGGAAUUGGACGGCUAUGAUUUCAAGAUGAGGGACGUCUGUGUUGCCACGUCAGCGGAUCCCGUUGCGGUUGGCCCUGUGGAGAUGAAGUCCAUCGACGGGAGGACGAAGAUCGUGGCCGUCGAUGGAGGAAUAGCUAUGAACAAUCCAACGGCUGCGGCCAUCACCCACGUUUUGAACAACAAGCACGAGUUCCCGUUCUGCAACGGCGUCUCCGAUCUCCUUGUUCUCUCUCUGGGAAACGGAGAGUCCGAGUUUAACACUGCGGAACCCAAAUUGUCAACAUCCGGGUUCGUCAGGAUCGCCGGAGAAGGAGCUUCCGAUAUGGUUGAUCAAGCCGUAUCGAUGGCAUUCGUGGUGGGUAGCGCAGGGAAUUACGUGCGCAUCCAGUCAAACGGAGUGAUGGCAAAGAAAGCAGCAGAGGGCGUGUCGGGCAAAACGACGUCGGAUCUCUUGGCGGCUUCGGAGGAAAUGUUGGCCCAGAAGAGCGUGGAAUCAAUUCUGUUCAAAGGGAAGAAAGUGGUGGAGAACACGAAUGUGGACAAGUUAGACUUGUUCGGGGGAGAGUUGAUAAAGGAGGAAGAGAGAAGAAAAACCAGCAUUCUGCCUACUGUAGUGUUGAAGCAUGCUUCUCCUUCACCCAGAACUUCAUCGGCCACCACGCUAUCUACUUUGUCUUGGAGCUGCUAGGAAGGAAAGAGAUUGAUUUAAGAACUGGGACUGAGAUUCUUAUGAGUUGGGGAGUUUGAGUUAGCUGCCGCUUUAGAUCAAUUGAAUCUGAGCUGAGCAGAGCUGAAUGAAUCCUCGACUAACUGGCCUUUUUUGGUUUUUGGGGGGUUCUUUUGUUCUUUUGUUUUUGGGUAUAUAUAUUACGUGUAUUUAUUCUGAUCAGAGAGUAAUCUGUGUAUAUGGUUAUUGCUAAAGGACGAGUCUCGUUCAAGAUCAGAGAUUUUAAGUAUUCCGGGAUUUGUGAGAGUUAGAUUGUAUUGUUGGGUCUGAUAGUGUGGUGACUCAACCAGGGAUGUUGAUUCUGGAAUUUAUAGAUCAAUUGGAACAUGCUUCCUUCA